UAGAUUUCUAGAUCUAGAGCUAGGUCUAGAAUAGAUGGCGGAUGUGUUCAAAUCAAGUUUAUAGGCGGAAGUUUAUUUGAAUUCUAAGCAUUCGUAAUUUCAAAAAUGAAAAAGUUAUGGCAUGCAAUAAAAAAAGAUGACGAUGGGCAUUCAUCAUCGCGUGCAGCGAGAAGUAUAUCGAUACCAUACCCUUCUUUUGGUAUUAACCGUGACAGAUCAAAAAGCAUUGAAAAUAUUGCUUCUUUAAGUAAGCUACAUAUGGCUGCCUGGAAAGGUGAUCUAGCCACAGUUUUAGAACUUGCCAAAGACGACCCCAACCCAAUCGAUAAAGAAUUAAAAAGAAGCCCAUUGCAUUUAGCUUGCAUUCAAGGACAUGCUAAAAUUGUGGAAGCACUUCUCAAUAAUAAUGCAUUACCAAACCUUGAAGACAAACAGAGCAAAACUCCAUUGAUGCGAGCUAUUGAGUUCGGUCAUGAAACAUGUGUUGAUCUGCUUCUGAAGAAAAAUCCUGACGUUAGUGGUACUGACUUUCAGGGAUUCACUCCUCUUCAUCUAGCCAUAAUAGCAGGAAAUGGUAGCAUUCUUAAAAAAGUUUUGAAUUUCAGAGCCUCAGUAAAUGCAGUUUCUAAGGAUGGCUUUGCCCCUAUUCAUUUGGCUAUUGUCAAAAAGGAGCUUGGGAACUUUACUGAACUGGUGAAGAGACAUGCAGAUAUUAACAUUAAGGAUCCAAAUGACAGGACUCCUCUUAUUUUAGCUUGCAAGGAGGGCCUGCUUUCAUUUGUCAAAUUGUUGUUGCAGAACAAUGCUGACAUUUUUCACAAAGAUAAAAAUGGUUUCACUGCUUUGGAUUACGCUGCAGCUCACCCUGAGAUUAAAAGAGUGAUUGCUGACUUUCUGAAAUCAUAUGAUACAUCUCAGUAUUAUGGAAUGCAACACAACCUGUCUGAAGGCAGAGAAGAUUCAAAUGAGGAUAUCAGCAUCAAAACUCUUAGUUCAGAUUCCUCCAAAGUUACUCCUGGAAGUCAGUCAAACAAAAUUCAAAACCCUUCUCAGAGACAGAAGUCCCCAGGCCCUAAUCUUGAUAAGGGAUUAAAAUCUUCUUAUUCUUGGGGAAACGAUGUAAAGAAAAGUGACAAGAAAUCUUCCGAGUCUGCAGUUUCACUACCAAUACCAUCAUCAAAAUCUUUUAGCUCUACCGGUGUUGAAGUAAAGAAAGAUGAAACCAAAACAGAAAAGCCUGCAGGCAAUAAAUCUUCCACUGGGGCUGAAUUGCAGAAACUUGGAACCGUAACUGAAAAGUCCACAGCUUCUCAAGCUGCUGAGUCAAAAGCUGCUGCAGCUAGUGAAGCAGAGAAGAAUGAGGCACAGAAACAUGGAACCAAAACUGAAAAGUCCACAGCUUCUCAACUUGCUGUGGCAUCAAAAUCUGGUACCACUAUUGAUGCUGGGAAGAGUGAAGCACAGAAACAAGGAACCAAAACUGAAAAGUCCACAGCUUCUCAACUUGCUGUGGCAUCAAAAUCUGGUACUGCUAUUGAAGCUGGGAGGAGUGAAGCACAGAAAAAUGGAACCAAAACUGAAAAGUCCACAGCUUCUCAACUUGCUGUGGCAUCAAAAUCUGGUACCACUAUUGAUGCUGGGAAGAGUGAAGCACAGAAACAUGGAAGCAAAACUGAAAAGUCCACAGCUUCUCAACUUGCUGUGGCAUCAAAAUCUGGUACUGCUAUUGAAGCUGGGAAGAGUGAAGCACAGAAAAAUGGAACCAAAACUGAAAAGUCCACAGCUUCUCAACUUGCUGUGGCAUCAAAAUCUGGUACCACUAUUGAUGCUGGGAAGAGUGAAGCACAGAAAAAUGGAACCAAAACUGAAAAGUCCACAGCUUCUCAAGCUGCUGAGUCAAAAGCUGCUGCUGCUAGUGAAGCUGAGAAGAAUGAGGCACAGAAACAUGGAACCAAAACUGAAAAGUCCACAGCUUCUCAACUUGCUGUGGCAUCAAAAUCUGGUACCACUAUUGAUGCUGGUAAGAGUGAAGCACAGAAACAUGGAACCAAAACUGAAAAGUCCACAGCUUCUCAAGCUGCUGAGUCAAAAGCUGCUGCAGCUAGUGAAGCUGAGAAGAAUGAGGCACAGAAACAUGGAACCAAAACUGAAAAGUCCACAGCUUCUCAACUUGCUGAGUCAACAAAAGCUGCUACUGCUAGUGAAGCAGAGAAGAAUGAGGCACAGAAACAUGGAACCAAAACUGAAAAGUCCACAGCUUCUCAAGCUGCUGAGUCAUCAAAAGCUGCCCCUGCUAGUGAAGCGGAGAAGAGUGAAACAAAAGCUGAAAAGUCAGGAGCAGAGUCCUCAGGGAAUGAUAAGGCGGCAAGCAGUGACACUAAUAGUGAAAAGACUUCAGUUUCUCAAACAUCAGAGCCAUCAAAAGAAACUACGGUUGAACCAGAAAAGCAUGAAGAAAAAGAAAGAAGAAAAGAAACUAAAUCUUAUUAUCCGGAGGUCAAGGUUUGCCAUAUAAAGAGCCAGUAUCUUUGAUCAAGUCAAUGCUGAAUAGCUGGUGAAAAUCAAGAUAACUGUUGACAUUGUACUCAUCUUUCUUCCAAUGCUCUACACUACACAUAACUUUGUAAAUUGUAAAUAUGCAUGCAUGCUUGGAUCUUGUGCUCUUACAUCAGUGAACACAGUUUUAUUUUGUACAUUUGCUAUAUAUAGGAUUUUAUUUAUGAACAUACAAAUACAUCUUUAAAAGAUAAAAAAUGUAACAAUUGGAAGAUUUUAUUAAAAGAACUACUACAACACAUACAUUUAACCUUAUUCAUUUCCAUGAAAAUGUAUGGUUCAAUACUUAAACAAUAACUUUGUGCAGUUUUUAAUUAUAAUACAAAAAAAUUAACAUCAUAAAUUAUGUUGAAAGGUAACAAUGCUGACCAUUCAUGUAAAUAUGCCAUUGUAACAUUUAACAGACAUAAUUUUAAAAAAUACAAACUGAGUGCUUUAA